UUUUUUUUUUAAAUUUAAUAUUGAUACUCGUGAGUGGGUCCUUAAUCAUCCCCCUCUCUUGAAAUUUAAAUUAAUCGAAACACGGCAAAUAUUUGGACGAAUUGUCCGCCUACUCAAGUAUCCAAGCCUUAAUUUUGUUUUUAUAGCCUUUUCUAAAUAAAUAAUGUUAAUCAAAAUUUUAUUUAAAAAUUGCCAAAGAAAUUUUAACAACAAAUAUUUUCUUCAACUUCGUCAAUUAUCAACAUUAAAAGAAAAAGUUAAUGUGCCUAAAUCAGAAGAUUUAUAUGAACCAAGGUUUGAGGUCAAGCGCCAUUACCCGGAUCUACAAUUGAUUAAUGUCAAAUUGAAGGCAUUCGACUUCCAAAUGUUGGAAAAGUUUCAAAGUUUUAUUCAUUGGACAGCUGAAAAUUUUGGUUUUGAUGUUGUUGAAUGGUUUUUUUAUUUUAAUUUUUUUUGGGAAAAUUUGAUUUUUGGGUUACGAGUUAGAUGUAUUGUUUCUCCCAUUUUUAUCCGAAUUCAAUUUUAA